AUGUUUAAUGUUGAGUUUAAGGGGAAAUGUGCGAAACUUUCCUUGCUCGUGGCUGAGGGGAACAGAGUCAAUCUGUUGGGGCUUGAUUGGUUCGAACCCCUUGGUAUUGCUAUUACUGGCGUAAAUAAUGUGGUGCAAAAUAAAUGGGCAUUACUGUAUGAUGAAUUUGUGGAUGUGUUUGGGGGCGGUCUAGGAAAAUAUACGGGGCCCCCAGUGUCUUUUGAGCUCGAUCCUUCGGUAACCCCGAUCCGCCUGAAAUAUAGGAAAGUACCGAUUCCGCUGAGACCAAGGAUCGAAGCUGAGCUAGACAAGCUCAUCGCCCAGGGUGUUUUAGAACCUGUUCCCUAUAGUAAAUGGGAGACACCCAUUGUUACCCCGGUGAAACCAGAUGGGUUGGUGCGUAUAUGUGUUGAUUAUAAGUGCACCAUUAACAGGGCCUUACAACAGCACUCCUACCCUGUCCCUGUAAUCAGCCAUAUUCUGGCGUCCCUGGGUGGGGGCAAGGUAUUUGCAAAAUUCGACCUUGCCCAGGCGUACCAGCAGCUGCUGGUGACUAAGGACACAGCUGAAGCCCAGACAAUAGUCACUCACAGGGGGGCUUUCAAGGUAAACCGCCUGCAGUUUGGAGUCAAUGUAGCCCCAGGGAUCUUCCAGGGACUGAUGGAAGGAUUAUUGAGGGGGGUGCCGGGAACAGUGCCCUACUUCGAUGACGUGCUUAUUGCUGGAGGGUCCGAUGAGGAACUGAUGCACAGGGUCAGGGAAGUGUUGACACGCUUCACAAAAGCAGGGCUGAAAGUCAAACAAUCAAAAUGUCUUAUCGGUGUGCCUAGCGUGGAGUUUCUAGGGUUCCGAGUUGACCGGGACGGAGUGCACCCCACCGAUGAUAAGUGGAGAGAAGCCGAGAGGUUACGUCUAGUGGAUGGAGGAAGCCGCUGUUCUGGCAGGGUGGAGUUCGAAGAGGGUGGUGUCUGGGGCACCGUCUGUGAUGACCACUGGGACCUGACGGAUGCCGGUGUUGUCUGCCGGCAACUGGGCUGUGGAUGGGCCAUUCAGGCUCUGAAUGCCUCUUUUUUCCAAAAGGGAACAGGCCCCAUUCAUCUGGACGAAGUAAAAUGCUCAGGGAAUGAAUCUUAUUUGUGGGACUGUUCCUCUGAGAAGAACCAUGACUGUGGGCACAAGGAAGAUGCUGGUGUGGUGUGUUCAGAUCACCAGGAGUGGCGCUUAUCAGGUGGACGAGAUGCUUGUGCUGGCCGAGUGGAGGUCUACUACAAGGGUGUCUGGAACACCGUAUGCGAUAGUAGCUGGUACCAACAACAGGCCAAUGUGCUCUGCCGCUUCUUGAAGUGCAGCAAUGGGGCCUUAGAGCCAAAGGUGCCCUUUGACCAUACACUGCUGGGAAAGAUGUAUUACGACUGUUCUGGAAAUGAAAGCUCACUCGCCCAGUGUUUAUGGCGCUACAACAACUCCAAUCUGUGUGACCAGUCCAGAGCUGCUGGGGUGAUAUGUAAUGGCUCACAGGGUUUGCAGACCUCUACAUAUCCAAACACAGGGACUCCAGGCAGCCCCCUGCCCACUACACGUUUGGCUAUACGUGAGAACUGGGGAGACAAGAUACCAUCAUACCAGAUGUUGCUAAUCCUCUGCAUCAUCCUGGGUCUUCUCCUUUUUUUGGCCAUGCUGACUCUUAUUGUUGUACUGAAUAAACGAAGGAAACACGAUACCCUCGCCCAUGCCAUUUCCUCGGCUUCAUUAAGUGUUCCAGUCCUAAUGAAUCACAGCAUGCCGGUCUCAGGGAUGACUAUUGGAGUGGGUAACGACUAUCGGGAAAUGCCCACAAGUGUUCCCAAAGGAGAAGCAACAGCAGCGACGAUCACAUCUCAUACUGAAGAGUCCAACUCUGAUUAUGAACACUAUGAUUUCAAGGACAAGCCACCCAUGGCACUCUCUACAUUCUACAAUUCUCUUCGACACCGAGCAGGUGAUACAGACAUUUCUCUAUGCAACAUCCCUAUGCCAGCUAUGCAGGAGGAGAGUGAGCGCAUGUAUCCUGCCCCAGGGAGCUAUGCACAAGAACAACCUACAGCUGAGAGCGGCUCCAGUACUUCCUCUGGAGAUGAAGAAUGGUAUGAGAACAUCCACAAACCAGAGCAGCAAGAUAGCCUUCCAAGACAUGAGCCUUCCCUUGGAGGUCUGACAAAUCUUUCCCGACCUUUGGUGAACUGCAAGGCUGGGACUGACUCGUCUGACAGCAGCAUUUAUGAUGAUAUGUGGCCCUCUGAGUGA